GCCGCACCGUGGCAACAUUAUAGCCAUGCCGCGCGCACAUAACCUCACGACAACGAUUACCUUAUAUUAUCUAUCGUCGAUAUGGCAGGUGAUAGGAAAGUAAUCAAAGCAGAAUUCUUAUUGGUUAAUUAACCGAUAACCAUUUUCGAGAGCGAAUUUAAAUAUACUUAUCACUGCUUCGAAUGUUUUAGGAACAUUUUAAAGUUGUACAAAGAGGUCUAAUGUAUAAUAAAAUACUACCUAAAAAACACUAUGUUAUUUUUUAUACUAGUCUUCUAUUCUUAAUUGUAUAGAACCGUUUCUAAUUUCCCGCACACUUCAUAUCUCCGUUUACAUAAAUUGCAAUACUAAGAGCGUUGACAGAUAGCGAUACUACAAUCACUUUAUCAUUUUAAUGACCAUAACAUGUUUCUAACAUUCUAUAAAUUACACAAAAAAUUCGUUACACUUGUUUCCCGCUAGGAAUAAAAUUGAAACAAUGUCUCUUUACACAAUCAACUAAAUGUUUUAUUAUACUGUAGACACUUUAUCCACUGAAGAAAUGGAAUUCUUCACAAUUUUAUAUUAUAUCCAUGUAAUUAUUCGAAGAAGAUUUAAUAUUUUUGACGAUGAAAUCUCGAUAAACGAAUGGCGUUCAAAAGCACUCUUGUGUGUCGAGUUUCAAAGUGGAUUGUGUACAAAUUGUUUCCUUAGCAACGAUUGCCAGCAAGCGUGUUUCUCCUUGAUCAACCGGCUAAAAACUUAGAAGUGAAGCUCAGUCAAGUCACAGAAUCAUGUACCGUUGAAUUUCGAAACAAAAAAAUAAUUGAAAAGAGAAAUGUUACACUCAAGGGCAACAGCCGCGUUGGAACGUCUCAAAGAGAUGGACAGGAAGUAUAAAAUCAAGCUUAAAGAGGGUAAAUUGAAUCGAAAUAACGUGAGUACUGAAAGUUCACUGGAAAGCACGCCCAAAAGCAACAGCAGCAGAGUCGAAUAUAUUCAAACUUCGAAAAAGGAGAUCGCAUCGAAGGUGUCACCUAAAUUCAAGAAGACAGCAAGUCCAGGUGAAAAGUUUUCUGACGAUGAAGUGCAUUCCAAGAAGUCAUCCAAAACGUCUCCCAGAGAAAAGGUACAACUGUCAUCUGAAAUUGAAGCGAAUAAAGAAAGUGCUUCAAGGACCGAAGAGUCUGUCAAGACAGUUUCAAACCCGGAGGAUACUUUGAAGUCCAGUUCCGAGAUCCGGGAUGUCGUAUCAGGAUCUGAAGACCCUCAAGGGCAAGAUGAAGAGUCUGUAGCUACUAUCUUCUCCAGACAGACUGCUGAAACAAUUUCAGAGGCGAUUAAACCGAGAAAUGGAAAUAAUGUAAUGGAAAAAGUAACGACCGAAGACAACCUUGAGGCGUUUAAUCCUGGCAACGACGAAACGACUAUCGACGAGGUCAUCGAAAAGAGCGAAACCAUUUCAGAACUGCCCAGUGCGUUGGACAAGGACAAUAUCGAAGGUGAAGAUUCGUCAAGUGCUUCUUUCGCGGACGAGCAGAAGCUGCAGUACGAGAACACCUUCGAAGAGGCUACUAAUUCUACUACUUCGUCUAGCUCUGUACGGUCGCAGAAGAGCUCGGAAGAGGCGUUGCCACAGGAUACGCUGAUAUCUGGAGUGAAGCAGAUCAAGAUUACGUCGCAUAAGCAGGAGAUCGUCGAGGAGAAGGUGGUCGAUGAAGAGAAAGAUAAAGAAAUCGUUGAACUGAUCGCGCCGAAGAUAAUAAAGAGCAACAGCGUGUGCGACGUCGACCUCGACGAGGAACUAUCGAAUUACGUGAAGACGACGGAGAACGUGGACGAGGUGACGCCGAUCAAUCUCCUCAGGUUGUCCAAGCAAACAACGCCGACGAAAAAGCACGUUCGAAAAAACAAGAAGCACAGGAAAUUGUCGAACGAAAACGUUAAGGAAAAAACCGACUCCUUCUCAGAUGAUCAGAGAUUAACGGAAUCCAAGGUCCACGAUGGCCUACCGUUAAAGGAAAACAGCUCCUCAACGACGAUGAAAAGUGCCUCAAGCGCAAGGAAGGUUCAGAAGGAAUCCCCGAAAGCAGAGAUGGCGUCUUUGUCUAGCGAACAAGCUCAAGUCGAAUCCGUUGAAGUAGAAAAAGAGGCAGCCAAGAGUGAAACAGAGAAAUUGAUGAGGGAACCGGAAAACAUCUCCAGCGAGAAGCUUCUGAGAGAGACGCCAAAAAAAUCGGACGUCACGAGUACACUGAGAGAACUGAACAAGGACGCGAUUAAUGCUAUUGUCAGAAAACACAGAAUCCACGCGACGAGGAAAAUCUCGGAUAAAUCUCGACGUUGUAAGAACUGCCAAGCUGUCGUGAAGCUGCCUUCCGUGGAGUACGAGGAAUCCGAGAACAUUGAGGAUGAGAGUUUAACGUCUCAAGAAAAUAUUAGAACGCACUCCAGCCACCACCAGAAGAUGAAAAUUAAAAGAGGAAAGUCGAAAAGAAUAUCGAAAGCUUCCAAAUCACGAAGGGUAAAUCAAGAAAAAAUUGAGGAGCAAUCUCGAUUCUGCAGACAGACGCGUCAUCUACAGAAGCAAGCAGCUAUCCUCAGGAUGCAACAGGAACGCGAGGAUAUCCGUAAUUACUUGCUGGAGCUCCAGUUCACGCAACUGGAAUUUGGUCCCGGAGAAACCUCGUCUAAGAUCGCUGCAUUUAAACCCCUCGAAUUCCCAAAAAUUUUGGGGUACAAGAGACCUGAUAUUGAAAGCUCAAACUUGUUAGCUACCGAUGCGAUAGCGAUGCUACAAGAGAAAGUAUCGACGAUAAGGCAGUGGCUGAAGGAUCAAUAUCUUCUUUACAGAGACUACAGCAAGCUGGCACAAACGGUGAACGCAAAAUAUGUUCCUGCCAGCUUGGAAGAUGCAAAAAAGACGAUUCGCCAGUUACAGCGAGCGACCAUUUAAUCCGACCAGUCGUUUCCGUGAAGCUUUCAGCAAGAACCGCGUGCAACGUGAUUCCUC